UUUGUAGGUGCGCUCGUUUGUGCUCAACCAAGAUAGAGCGCAAGCUGGGUACAGAGACUACUCGAAGCACUACGAUUUUCCUCAAUUAAAUCACAAAAAAUGGCUUUUAGGUUGAGCCGUUCGCUCCUUGCAUCGUCAUGGCUGUUUUCAGCAAUUAUUUUAACAGAUGCGGCUCCAAGUCGUCCAAACAUCGUUUUCAUCUUGACAGACGAUCAGGAUAACCAUAUGGGAUCCCUGCAACAUAUGCCGUCACUGCAGAAGCAUCUAGUUCACCAAGGCACCACGUUUGAGAGACAUUAUUGCUCUACUGCUAUAUGCUGUCCUUCGCGCGUUAGCCUUUGGACUGGACAACUGGCUCACAAUACCAAUGUAACAAACGUAAAUCCUCCAUGGGGAGGAUAUCCCAAGUUUGUCCAAAAUGGCUACAACGACCACCAUCUAGCCCUCUGGCUGCAACAAUCCGGCUACAACACUUACUACGUGGGGAAGCUCUUCAAUGCUCAUACCAUUGAUAACUACGACUCCCCUCAUGUUAGUGGAUAUACCCAGUCAAACUUCUUUCUUGACCCCUUUACGUAUCAAUACUACAAUGUCAGCACCACCAAGAAUGGGGCACCGCCAACCAACCCUGUUGGCAAGUACUCUACUGAUAUCGUAGCUGAGAGCGCCAAUGAAUUCCUCGACCAUGCUCUCCAGGACGACUCUCCUUUCUUUAUAACUCUCGCGCCAAUUGCCCCUCAUGCACUUGUGGGCGAAGGUUCUUUGGGGGGUUUCGAUCCUCCGCAAGUUGCGGAGCGGCAUGAAGGCCUAUUUCCUGAGUACAAGAUUCCCCGGACGCCAAACUUCAAUCCUGAUUCUCCAAGUGGUGUUAGCUGGGUAUCGAAACUUCCCAAGUUGAAUGAUACCAUUCUUGAUUAUAACGACGAGUAUCAGAGGCGGCGUCUCAGGUCUCUUCAGGCCGUAGACGAGAUUGUUGAAUCCGUUAUUGAUCGCCUUGAGCAAGCCGGCGUGCUGGAAGAUACCUUCAUAUUUUACACCUCCGACAAUGGCUACCACAUUGGCCAGCAUCGAUUACAUCCUGGCAAAACAUGUGGAUUCGAGACCGAUAUCAAUGUCCCUCUAGUCGUCCGCGGCCCUGGAGUCCCCGCUAAGAGAGUCACCCAAGUUCCCUCCUCCCACACAGAUCUCGCUCCAACAAUAUUGCGGAUAGCCGGCAUCGAAGUUGGCGAUAAGAAAUUUGACGGGACACCAAUUGACAUUCAUGGCAAGGACACUGAACCUCGGUCGGAACAUGCUGCUGUCGAGUUUUGGGGAUUUGGACUUGCAGAGAGUCUCUUUGGCAGGGAGAAUGGUCCACCCAUUUAUCUCAAUAAUACUUACAAGGGGCUUCGCAUUGAGGCAGAGAGUUAUGGAUUCUAUUAUUCCGUCUGGUGUAGCAACGAAAAGGAGCUUUAUGAUAUGAAGGCUGACCCAGGUCAACUACACAACCUCCUCUCCUCAAAAGAGAGGGAUAUUGACGCCACGAUUACCAUUGCUGGUAAACAAUGGCCCCUUGCGGGGGUCGCUGACCGACUGGACGCCCUGAUGAUGGUCCUAAAAUCCUGCAAGCAGCAAUCUUGCGCGCAUCCGUGGAAGAGUCUUCAUCCAUCAGGCGACGUCCGAAACUUUCACGAUGCACUCUCCACAGAGUAUGAUGAUUUCUACAGCGAGCAAGUGAAAGUGAGCUUCACCAAUUGUGAAGCCGGCUACAUCAUUGAAUCGGAAGGGCCCCAAGGCUUCCAUACUUUUGAAGCUGGAGAGGGCCACGCUGACGGUGGAAUCUAUGAUAUACCGGAGCAACAAGUUUUGAUCAAUCCUGACUGGAGUCUUUGGGAAUAGAGUGUAUAGAUUGAGGAAUGGCCACGGUUAUGAUUGCGUACAUCCGCACGCAUAUAUAUAACUGUAGGAUCGUGAAAACCGCUAAUGACAGCUAUAUACCCGCCUCAGUAAUAGAAUACUUGAAUAAAACUAGAAUUUUUUCUUUAGCUGGCAAAUUUCAAGCUCAAGGAUUCACAUAGUCUCCUGGAAUCUUGUCUCGUCCCUCCACCUUCACCGUCUUGAACUUGUUCACAUCCACUCCAUGCAACGCCCGCGCAUUCACCCCGGUUCUCGUAUGCUGGUUAUCGUACAACCGGCGCAUAUUCCCCGUAAGCGCAGCAAUUUCUUCCUCAGACAGUUCAUUGUUGAACUGGUUCAUCAAGAUGACACCACAUAUCUUGCAGAAAACCUUGUCCAACAUGCCCGUGUUGAACCGGUACCUUCCGAUGUUGGCCUC